GUAACUCAGAUUUUAUCCCAACCCAAAACAACAUAUCAUUAUCUGAACUGAGCUGAGCUGAGCUCAACUACUCAACCAUGGCUACUGCCUCUUCCAUUUUUAAGUUCUCCUUUCUGAUGACCCUUCUAUCGGGUCUGUGGCCAGACCAGGAGACCUCCGUAGCAGUGUUUCCACCCACGUGUAAUCGAAUAGAGUGCCCAAGCUUCGAAACCAUUGAGGUGGGUAAUGGCUACGAAAUUCGUAAAUACAAUUCCACCGUCUGGGUUUCCACCUCCCCUAUUCAAGAUAUCUCUCUCGUCGACGCAACCCGUACUGGGUUUUUGCAGCUGUUUGACUACAUCCAAGGGAAGAACUACUACAAGGAGAAGAUAGAGAUGACCGGACCGGUGAUCACCGAGAUCACACCUAGCGACGGACCUUUAUGCGAAUCCUCAUUCGUUGUAAGCUUCUUUGUUCCAAAGAAGAACCAAGCAAAUCCAGCUCCUGCCAAAGGGCUUCAUAUUCAAAAAUGGAAGUCCACGUACGUGGCUAUUAGACAAUUCAGCGGCUUUGUAUCCGAUUAUGAGGUUGGAGUGGAAGCCGCCGCACUCGAAGCCAGCGUUGCCGGCACAAUCUGGUCUGCCGCCAUUGAGAAGAACCGUGGAACUACUAGCACUUCGGCUUACACUGUUGCGCAGUACAAUUCUCCAUUUGAGUUUAAGAAUAGGGUCAAUGAGAUUUGGAUGCCGUUUGAUCUUGAAAAAUGAUUGACUUGAAUAAAAGGAAUAAAUGAAGUUAGAAGUUGGGUUGAGCUUGGAUUUUGAAGUGUUUUGGAUAAUACCCUUUUAUGGUGAGUAAAGGAUAUUGCAGUUGUAAACUUGUAAUGGUUUACACAAGACUUAAUAAAAGUGAUGUAUUGUAGAACAUGGUACGAGGAUCAGAAGAGUUUUUUUCCCUCUC